UCUGUUAGAUUAGCAUCCAGCUUUACGUCAUCCAUACUCUGUUCCCGCAUACCAGGCCUAACGCCACAACAACGCCAACUGUGCAGCGAAUCGCCCGACGCACUGAUCGCAUUGGGCGAGGGUCAUCAGAUGGGCGCAUACGAGUGUCAGCAUCAGUUUCGCGGUCAUCGCUGGAACUGCUCACAAGUUUGGCAAGAAGGUGUUUUUGCGCACGUCAUGUUUGUCGGUUCCCGCGAGGCGGCCUUCACCUACGCCAUCGCCAGUGCCGGUGCAGCACACUCUGUGACGGCAGCCUGUGCGCGUGGCAACAUUUCACUUUGCGGCUGCGAUAUGCGGCACAAGCCCACCAGCGUGCGACGCGCAAGCGCCGACUUUGACGCCAGUGGACUGCAGUCGGGCACGCAACCCUGGAAGUGGGGCGGCUGUUCGGCCGACAUCGAUUUCGGUAUGAAGUUCGCACGCAAAUUUCUUGAUGCACGCGAAAUCGAAGGCGAUGCGCGUAGUCUCAUGAAUCUGCAUAAUAAUCGCGUUGGCCGGAAGUUAGUUAAAAACCUGCUAAAGACGGACUGCAAAUGCCAUGGCGUGAGCGGUUCGUGUGUGAUGAAGACGUGUUGGAAGAGUCUGCCACCGUUUCGCCAGGUCGGCGAAGUGCUCAUGCGGAAGUACAACAAAGCCAAACUCGUGCAAGCCGUCAAAGGCAAACAUGGACUGAGAUUAGUAUUAAGCAAGAAGAAUCGUUUCGGCAAGCAUGUUCAUGUACCGAAGCGUAUGGAGCUCGUCUAUCUCCAGGCGUCGCCGAAUUAUUGCGAGCGUAGUGUGCAACUGGGCACACUCGGCACGACGGGACGCCUUUGCAAUCGUACCUUGCAUGGACCUCAAAGCUGUGAUCUACUGUGCUGUGGGCGUGGCUACAAUACGCAUCAGAUACGCCGCACCACACAGUGCCGUUGUCAGUUCAGGUGGUGCUGUCAGGUGCAGUGUGAGGUGUGUGAGGAGAACUAUGAGGAGUUCACUUGUAAAUAAAUGCAAUUUUAGUGCAGAAAUACGAGCCUAAGUUAAAUUUGAUAAAAAGAAAUGUUUACUGUUAGACAUUAUAGCGCUUGUGUGCUGAAUAAGUGGCUUAUUUAUUAUUUAGUUCGCUUUCGUGUAAGAUAUUUAAUUUGUAUUGCAGAGAUUUCUCUAUACUCGAAUGUAUGUAUUUAUGUAGUAUUAAGUAGGUUAUGUUUGACGUCGUU